AUGCUGCCAUGUCGUACUGCUUCACGACAACUAUAUAACGUUGGCUCUGCUGCGUUACCACUGCGAUAUCCUCGUUGUGCAAUACGUUUUCCCAGGGCUCAUAGCCGCUUCUUUGCAAGUCAGAACUCCAUUCCGGCUUUUUCAUACGUCCAGCCCCAAGCAGGACCAGAUACUAUAUUUGCCCUCUCCACGGCUCCAGGUAAAGCCGGAGUGGCCGUGAUACGCAUUUCUGGAAAGAACGCGGAAGAAGUAAGUACUGGAACGCCAAUUGCAGUGUUGAAAAUGACUCACAUGAAGAAACUUCCUGCUCCAAGGCAAGCCGUGCUGAAAAAAAUAUACCACCCAAGCUCGAAGGAACUUUUGGACAAAGGUAUUGUGCUUUGGUUUCCUGGACCUCAAAGCUAUACAGGAGAAGAUACGGCAGAGUUUCACAUCCAUGGUGGAAAUGCGGUAACAAGAAGUGUACUGGAUGCUUUGGGUAGCAUAACCCAAUAUCGCAUUGCUGAUCGUGGUGAAUUUUCUCGAAGAGCUUUUGACAACGACAAGCUAGACUUGACCGAGUUGGAAGGUUUAGCAGAUCUUCUCAAUGCAGAAACUGAAAUGCAGAGAAAGCUAGCCUUGCGCCAAGCCGAGGGAAGUUUACGACAACAAUAUGAUGGUUGGCGUGAACAACUCAUCAAAUGCAUGGCUCUAACGGAAGCGGUUAUAGAUUUUGGAGAAGAUGAGAACAUAGAGGAUGGUGUCUUGAACGAUGUAUUGGUAAUUGUGGAACGAUUACGGGAAUCCAUAAAGGCACAUCUUAAUGAUAAUCGUAUUGGAGAGAUAUUGAGAGACGGAAUUCAUAUAACGAUAUCUGGACCACCAAAUGCAGGGAAAAGUAGUUUUCUGAACACAUUAGCUCGGCGAGAGGCGGCAAUUGUUUCUGACAUACCAGGGACGACCAGGGAUGUCGUGGAGGUGUCCCUUAAUCUUGGUGGCUAUCCGGUGGUGCUAAGCGAUACGGCAGGGCUGCGGGAAUCAUCCGAUCUUAUUGAGAUGGAAGGCGUAAAACGUGCCAUGGCCAAGAUAUCGACUUCAGAUAUGCACAUUUGCCUCCUACCCCUUCCAGAAAUCGAAAGCUUUGAAAGACUCCACGGUCACAAAAUAUUAAAUGAGUCCAUCACUCCCGACACCAUUUUGAUCAUCAACAAAAGUGAUGCCUCCAACACAAUUUCUUCGAAGGAAACAAUUGAAAGAUUGACUAAAACCCUGGGAGUCAGACACACAUGGCUCAUCAGUUGUAAAACUGGGGAAGGCAUCGAUCAAGCAUUAGAAUCAUUGAUAGAUUUUGCAACGUCUUCUUCGGCUCUCAUUACCCAGGCAAGACAUCGGUUUAAUCUGUCUGCUUGCCUCGCAGCCUUAGAUAUGGUAGCAGAUUACGCCACGAGCGAUAUUGUAUUGGCUGCAGAAGAGCUUAGACAAGCAGCCAGUGCCAUCGGGAGAAUCACGGGAAAGGUGGACGUGGAGCAAGUAUUGGAUAUGCUUUUCAGCGAAUUCUGCAUUGGCAAAUGA